AUGGUUGCAUGCUCCAUAUAACAUUCUCCACCCCGCGCUUUGGUCGACGGUAGGUAGUUAGGUACUACUACCGGUACUAACCUUAUAUAUGGGCUCACUGCAGCGUGUCAGCAGCGGCGGCGACAUGACGACGGAGCCGGAGAAGCGAGACAGCGAGGGCGAGGCGUCCUCGUCGUCGGCGCGGGUGCGGCUCCUGGAGCGAGAGGUGGCGGUGGCGAAGCAGACGGAGGCGAGGAUGCUGGAGUCCCUGAUCCACCGGACCAAGGAGCUGGAGCAAGCCAAGAUCGCGCUCGAGGAGGCCAAGCUCGAGGCCGCCACGCUGCGGCAGGGCGCGAGCGCGGGCGCGGCCGGGCCCGCGCAGGGGCAGUGGAGCGUCAUGGACCUCAUGUUCGGCGGCGUCGACGAGGAGAUCAACGGGCUGAGAGGCAGGCUCCGGUCGGCGCUGGUCGCCGAGGAGAGGAGCCGGGAGGCGGCGGACGACCUCGCUGCCGCGCUCUCCGUCGUCACCAUGGAGGCCAAGCAGGUGAAGGCGUGGCUGUCCGACGCGCAGGCCGAGCUCGAGCGCGCCAACGCUGAGGCUGGCCGCUUGGAGGGCCUUCUGCGCACCGCCGAGGCGGAUCUGUCGUCGGUGACUGAGCAGCUCGACGGCGUCAUGUCUGAGUGGAAGGAAGCUGCGGCUGCGUGGUGCGCCAGGGAGAAGGCGCUGCUCGGACGCGCACAUGCGGCCGAGGAGGAUGCCGACGGUGCCCGGCGUGAGAACGCCGAGCUCGCCGAGCUGCACCGGGCGGCCGACCACGAGAACGGCGGCCUACGGCGCGCGCUGGAGCGAGCGGUGGAGGAGGCCAAGGCGGCCAACGAGUCCCUCGAGUUCGCGGGCAGCGAGAACUCUAAGCUACGCGACGCCAUCGCCGAGAAAGAGCGCGCCAUGGAGUCCUUGAGGCUGGAGAACGAGUCGCUCAAGGCCAGCGAGGCUGCCGCGCAGGGGCGUGCCAUGGAUCUAAACAACCAGCUCACGGCGGCAACCCAAAAGGCCGCUGCCGAUGGAGGCGCCGGCGGUGGAGAGAAGGCAACAGCGGGGAUGCUACUGGAGAAGUGGAAAGCCGACGCGCAGGGGAAGCUCAGUGCGGCGGCGUUCCUGGACUCCGGCAGGGUGAUGGCCGCGAGCCGGAAGGAUCGGAUGUUCGCGUCCAUCAGCAACAUCGCCGAGCUGAGGUCCGCGGCCGCAGCGGCGGCCAUGGACGAUUACGACUACGAGUUCGACCACUUGGAUGAUGGAAGACAGUACGGUGGCUUGGAGCAUGCCAUGAAGCACAGGAAGAGGAGGUCUGUUCUACGCAAAUUCGGAGAUUUUUUUAGGAGGAGAAGCCUCCACAAGUCAGACUUUGCUCCUGUUCUGUAGAUAGUACUCAUAUAAGACGGAGGGAGUAGUAUUUGCGUGAUGCUUGCAUUGCGUGUUUGCAAUGUCCUUAGGCUGUCCCUAAUGGUAGUGUCAUAAGUAGCACUUGCUUGGUUCCAAAAUAAACGUUGAUGAUUUAAUAUAAAAUAUGCUAUAUUUAUUUGAAAA